AUGAAUUAUCCUCGAUAUGGUCACACAGCCUCUUUAUUAGCCAAUGGACACGUAUUAGUUACUGGUGGAUAUGGCAGUACAGGUUAUUUGAAUAGUGCUGAAUUGUAUGAUCCGUCAACAGGGUUAUGGACAGUCACUGGAAAUAUGAGUUAUACUCGAUAUGUCCACACAGCUUCUUUAUUAGCCAAUGGACACGUAUUAGUUGCUGGUGGAUAUGGCAGUACAAGUUAUUUGAAUAGUGCUGAAUUGUAUGAUCCAUCAACAGGAGUAUGGACCGUCACUGGAAAUAUGAAUGACGCUCGAUAUUUUCACACAGCAUCUAUGCUAGCAAAUGGGCAAGUAUUAGUUGCCGGUGGAUAUGACAAUGGCAUUUAUUUAAACAGUGCUGAGUUGUAUAAUCCAUCAACAGGAGUGUGGACCGUCACUGGUGAUAUGAAUUAUACACGUUAUAGACAUACAGCGUCUGUACUAACAAAUGGGCAAGUAUUAGUUGCUGGUGGAUCAUAUGUAGGUAAUAUCUUUCUCAAUAGUACGGAGUUAUAUGAUCCAUCAACGGGAAUAUGGACACUUACUGGAUAUUUGAACUAUGCUCGUGUUCUGCAUACAUCAUCAUUGUUAACGAAUGGAAUGGUAGUUGUUGGCGGUGGACGUCAUAUCGCUGGUGUUGAUACAAACACUGUUGAACUGUACAAUCCAUCAGCAGGAAUAUGGACGGACACUAUCAGUAUGGGUUAUAAUCGAUCUCUUUUUACAGCAUCUGUGUUAACAAAUGGGAAUGUGUUGGCUGUAGGUGGAUUCUUAGCUGGUAACUCUUCGGAACUGUUCAAAUUAUAA